AAUUAUGCUGAUAUCUUAGCAUCCAUAAGCCCGAAAUUGGCGAAAUAUGUUUAAAAAGGGCGUUUGGCGUUACGGCGUCGUGGACGUGAAAGACGAAAAUGGGCUUAUCCGCCACGGAAUGAUAGUCGAUGUCGUUGAAGACGAUGGGGAUUUAAUUGUGGACUUCGGAUACACUGGCCACCACGCUGAUCGUAUCCCACUGAGCAGUUGCGUCGCAUUCACCAACGACGACCCCCGUCGUGUUGGUGUUUGCGUGCAGUUUUUAAGUCAGCGCAGCACCGAUCAGCCGUGGUGUUGGUAUCCUGCUAAAGUACUCUUCCGGAUACACGAUCCUUAUAUGUACACCUACGUUCUAGUGGAGGUGGAAUUCGAUGGGCAGCCCACGCUGGCAUUCGUUGAUCAUGACAGAAUUCGCGUAACAGAAGCCGUGUGCUCCUUAGAACAGAAGGCGGUGCUGAGCGACGCCACACAACGAGCGGCAUCGCAGUUCUGCGAUAAAUUCCCCAUUGGGCAGCUGUAUUUUCACAAGAAGCGCGUUGAAUUAGGAUGGUGCCCCGAUGUGUUAGUCCUGGCAAAAAGGCGCGGGUUUCGGGAUAUGUGGAAUCGUUUGACACACACUAUGUUCGUCCGUAUUGAAGUACAGCCAGGCAUUAUGAUUCUGCAUUAUGCUUGUGCGUGGAAGCGCAGUCGUAUAACUGAUGCAGCGAGAUGUAAGGAACGUCUGCGCCGCGCAGAUUCUUUACUGGAUUAUCAUGACAGGAAACGAGAAAUUCGAAUUGAAGCUUGCCACAAAAACGAGAAGCAACGUAAACGACAGAAACUGACUACCGAUACCGGAAGCGGGUAUUCCUGUGUCAAGCCCCGUCGUCUCAAUGUACACUCUCUUAAGGGACUCGUUCCCGCAGACGCCAGUGAGGGAGCUACUCAACUAUGGUAUCUCCCGCUGGAAGUGCUAUCGGAAAUGUUGUCGUAUCUCGUUGUAGAAAGAAAAGCAAUGUGCCGACGCGUCUGUCGAGACUGGGAUGCCCUGGUAAUCCAUUCCCCGACUGUUCUCAUUGAACUGGAUCCGUUGGCAACCUACGUUGAGACCACACUGGCAUGGAUGUUGUAUGGAACAGCGAAGACCAGGUCAUGUUCCAUCCGAUCCCUGACAGUUACCGUUACUCAACCGCACCGCUCUCGACGUCAUCAUGCCAGACGUAACCUAAUACACAUCACAGAGGACAUGCUAACAGUGCUGGGAAUCCAACCGCAGAUUAUUCUUCUGUCAUAUAUAAAGGAUGCCGAUUAUCGCGAUUUUCUGCCGCCAUUCCAAGCAGAGCAACCACCGCCGUGGUGGCCGCUCUGUAAGAAGUUGCUGCUGGUGGAAGUGGAGCUGGCCAUUCCGCGGAACUUUUCCAAAGAUAAUGUAUUAAAGGGAUUCCAAAGUUUUGGCGACAUGGAUGGAUCCUGGUUGGCUGAUAUCGAUGAGUGGGGCCGCAGUAAAUUGCAGAUUACCAGGAGCACCUUAUUCACGGCCGGCGUGAAGCCUUGGCUGGAAAAGGGUCGAUAAUAACGUCCCGCGAUGGAAAGUUUCUUCCACUCGGUUUAUAUUUUUUGGUGAAGUCAAAAAUGGAGCUCCAUCGAUCAGUACGAUGAAAUUAACGUGUCGUAUGUUUUCCAGAGUGGUUGUCCACCAGCUAUAUUUUUGUAAUAAUUUAUCACUACAGUAUUACUAUUAUAAUGAAUUAUGCUCAAAAUUGCUUGUACGUUUUUAAAUUUUGGC